CGCGGCUGAUUCGGCUGUGUGAAGUGUGAACUGUCAACUCUCAGUCAACAGAACGGCGUAUUCUUUGUUUAAAAUAGAUAACAAUUUGGAAUGCAAUAAAAAUACUGAAAAACUACAAGUACUGCAUUCGAAAAUGAACGUGUUUCAGGAAUUGAAGAAAUUUUUAUAUCAGCUAUUGAACAGCGUUGAUGGCUUGCACAGUAUUUUAAUCACGGAUCGUGAUGGUGUUCCUGUCAUAUCAGUGUCAGAUGAAAAAGCCCCGGAAUUAGCAAUGCGUGCAAGCUUUCUUUCUACAUUUGGAAUGGCCACCGAUCAAGGGAGCAAAUUAGAUCUUGGAAAGAAUAAAACCAUUAUAAGUAUAUACAGCAGUUAUCAAGUUGUUCAAAUGAAUAAGCUACCAUUGGUGAUAAGCUUUAUUGCAAGCAACAGUUGUGACACAGGACACAUCUUGUCACUAGAGAGUAAAAUUGAUCCAAUUUUACAAAAUCUUAAAAACGUCGUUGCGGAAGCCUGAUAGAUACCUGUGAUGCGCUGAGAAGCUAAUUGAAGAAAAUGUGGAAUUAAAGUUCCAAGUACGAGUAUGUAAUUGAAUGUAUAAAACACAUCGAACCAAAUCGUGGCAAAACAAAGGCUAAAUAUUAUGAUUCAAAUCGUUGUAAAUUACUUCUAUAAAUCUUAUAUCAUUAUGAAAUAUACGUACAUAACAAAAAAUUAUAUAUGUAUAUAUGUAUUAUUGGAGAAUUGAAUUGAUUAUUUCUUGAA